CUAUUGCAACAGUUGCGACUAACAGUAAAAGCUACACGGAGCAUAAGCUUUUACGGCACUGUUGCGUCUCUGUUGUGUAUAACGACUUGUAAACGGAUGCUUGUGGACUCGAGUCCAUCGUUGCGAUUUCAAAAUCAUUCGUCAACAGACUCUCGUGCGAUUCGGUUCAGGCUCAGUCUCAGUCUCUCUAUCUCUCUCUGACAGGCAGCAGCUUAAGCAUUGGCUCAGCAUCAGUGACAGUCAAUGAUUUGAACGUCAGGGGACAAGAACAACUGUUACACGCGCGUACGCUUAACGGUUGAAAUUUGAAAAUAAAAAAGUGCUUGUGUGUGUUGAUUGUUGUUCUUUUUUUUUUGCCGUGCCAAAGUAAAAGGUGUUUACAUUUAACUCGGCAAUUGUUAGCUGAGCAAAGUCGAAAUUCGAAAGUAUUGAAUUGAUUUUCUGAAUUAAAUAAAUCGCGCUGAAUUUAUCAGUUUCACGCUGGUGCCAAGAAUUAAUAGGCCUGUUAAAAUUCUACGCGGAAUAAGCUGUGAAGCAUAAUCCGCAAGUAACAACAAAAAGAACAAAUAAAAAGCAGAGCAAGAAAGGUGCCGUAAUAUUUGAUUUGAAUUUCUACUAAAUUUUUAAAGUUAAUUAAUCUAACGAGACGAAGUUCAGCACAGCCAAGAUGCGUCGCUCCUCAUUUACGCCCGUGUUCAAUUUGAGCACUCAAGAGCCGCUGAUUGUUGUCGAGGAGUCGCAUGCCGUUGAGGAUGGCGAUGAGCUGGAGGGCGCUGCUGGGGGUUUUGAUCCGAGUGCCACCAAACGCACCAAUAGCGACGAUUCGGAGCCGGACUCACCAGUUAAUCCGUAUCUGUUGUGCCCCUUUCCUGAUAUGCAGCAGAGACGCAAGCAUUCGUUGCCCUCAUUGCAAAUAACCGAGGGCAUCACCGCCAGCCAGGUGCGACGCCUAUCCGAGGUGGGCGGCGAGACGGGCGGCAUCAGUCCCAAGGAGGUCGAAUUUUUGGCCACACUCUCGCAGAAGUCAAAUCCGACCGCAGGCGGCCGUCGACACUCAGUGGUCACCAUAUCGGCUGUGCCGCCAACGCUCUUCGGACGCAAUCGGCGCGAGUCCAUUUCCGCCGUGUCGUUCAGCGGCAGUCGUCGUGGCAGCAUCAUCGGCGGACCGCCCCUAACUGAUCAUCGCGGCAGCAUACACAAUUUGCAGCUGGACAUCAUGGACGGGAUCGUGCAGCAGCGCAAGACGCGCAGUGGCAGCGGCGUCUGGACAGCACCUGUGCUCCAGGAGGCGGACAGCAAUGUGCCCGUCCAGACAUAAGCGCUAGCAGAGGACAAUGGAAGACAGUUGGAGGAACGCGCGCAAUAUAUAUGAAAAAAAAAAAUUGAAAAGAUUAUUAAUAUUUGUUUUCAUCGAGUCUUUAACCAAUA